GCUGUUGUCUGGUGGCUGUCAGAGGGCGCUCUGUGGUCGCUACUAGCUGUCGACGUCACAUGAACUCGUCACAUGACUGUCAGGAGGAAAACACAACAGGAAGAGGAAUCCUCUUUGUUGCUGCAAAUAUUUUACAUUUUACCGCAUCCAGAAAAUGAUAGCGGAGCAGCUCUAUGCUCCUGAGGUUACUUGGAUCUAAAUAACGUCCAUUCCGUCGUCUUGAGUUGAAGCUUUUGUGCGCUGGAAAUUAACUCGCUCAACAUAAUCCUGAUACCUGCCGAGGGUCAGAGGUCACCAUGGGGUCAGCGGUGGAGAGGACAGAUGAACAUGUGAGGGAGUAUCUGAUCUACCGUGGCUUUACCAGCACUCUGAAACACCUGGACAGUGAGAUCAAAGCCGACAAGGAGAAAGGCUUCAGGGUGGAUAAGAUCAUCGAUCAGCUGCAGCUGUUCAUUCAGAGCUUCGACCUGUUUGGUCUGAAGGAGUACUGGCUUUACCUGGACAGACGUCUGUUCUGCAGACUGGAGGAUGUUUACAGAUCCACCGUCAACAAACUGAGAACCAGCCUGUACAGAUACUACGUCAUCAACACCAUCCAGAAAGGAAACCUGGAGAAGACUCAGGAGUUUUUCCAGAAACAGGCGUUGGAGCUGCAGGGUCAGGCUGAGUGGCGCGAUUGGUUCAUCCUACCAUUCAUCCCUGCCCCUGAGCAGAACCCCGCCUUUUCACCGUAUUUCUCCCGGCAGUGGGCCGACACCUUCCUGGUUUCUCUGCACAACUUCCUGUCGGUUCUUUUCCAGUGUAUGCCCCAGCCUGUCCUGCUGAGUUUUGAUGCUGAAGUCCAGAGGACAACCAGCCUGACAGAGGAGAACGAACAGCUCCGGCAGCUGCUGUUCGCCCUGCAGACCGAAAGUCGGGACCAGAGGGAAGGAGACGAAAUGGUCCACCACAAACUGCCGGCGUAUGUCCAGAACAUGGACCGUCUUGGAGACACUGAGCUAGACUUGGUGUCAAGCCAACGAGCAGUCAGCACCGUGACCACUCCCUCUAGAAACUUCUUCUCUACAUUCCUACCACAGGGCCGACGCACUCCAGGGAAACCACCUCAAGUCACCACUGGGUCUUCACCAAGCCAGGUAGCAGUGAACAGGAAGGACCCACCAAGCAGUCAGCCCACAAGGUCAAAAGAGACGGUCCAAACAAAGGACAUAAAAACAGUUGCCAGCCAGACAUCAAGUAGUGAACCUGCAAGCUUGCAGUCCCAACAGUCAACAAACCAGGCAACAAACCAGCCAACACAUCCCAGACACAAGAGAAUCCAGGAACAUGAGAAAGAAAGGAAGGAGCUUUUCUCUAAACCACCACCACAGACGCCAGAGAAGAGAGGGGAGACAGGGGAGGUAGAGCCUCCUGCCGAGACCUCCAAUGAACCAACUGACUCCUCCUCGUUGAACAGCAGGAGCUGUGGAGGUGGCACAGAGGGGCAGGGUCUGUCAGCAGAACAGCCUUUCAUCAAACUCAGCCAGGAGGAAUACGGAGAACACCACUCCUCCAUCAUGCACUGCAGGGUUGACUGCUCUGGUCGCAGAGUUGCUAGUUUGGAUGUAGAUGGAGUCAUCAAGGUGUGGUCAUUCAACCCAAUCAUACAGACUAAAGCCACCAUCAUGUCCAAGUCUCCUCUACUGUCUCUGGAGUGGGCCACCAAACCUGACAGACUGUUGUUACUAGGCAGCGGUGUUGGCACAGUGCGGCUGUACGAUACAGACGCCAAGAAGAAUCUUUAUGAGAUGAACAUUGAUGAAACUCAUCCACGUAUCUUGUCCUUAGCCUGCAGUCCUAGUGGCUCAUCAUUUGUAUGUUCGGCGGCAGCGCUCAGUCGAUCUGGAAAUAUCGAUUCUGUUCCUCGACUUCCUAUACCAGUGUCUGGACAGUUGCUGCUUUGGGACACCAAGACUGUCAAACAGCAGCUCCAGUUCUCUUUAGAACCUGAGCCAGUUGCCAUUAAUUGCACUGCCUUCAACCACAACGGAAACCUGCUGGUGACUGGAGCCGCUGAUGGAGUCAUCAGACUGUUUGAUAUGCAGCGCUACGAGAGCGCUAUGAGCUGGAGAGCUCACGAUGGUGAAGUUUACAGUGUGGAGUUCAGCUACGAUGAGAACACCGUCUUCAGCAUUGGAGAGGAUGGCAAGUUCAUCCAGUGGAACAUCCAUCGGUGUGGGGUGAAACAGUCGGAGCAGGUUUUACCUCAGGACGCCACCGGGCCCUUUGUCCUAUCAGGUUACAGCGGAUACAAACAGGUUCAGGUUCCUCGAGGUCGACUCUUUGCCUUUGACUCUGAAGGACAACAUGUCCUGACCUGUUCCAACUCCGGAGGACUCAUAUACAGACUGAGCAAUGGGGAGCAGGCUUUAGAGAGUGUGCUGUCGCUGAGCGGUCACAAAGCACCGGUAGUGACAGUUGAUUGGUGCUCAGCAGUGGACUGUGGCACCUGCCUGACUGCCUCUAUGGAUGGGAAGAUCAAACUGAGCACGCUCCUGGCACAGAAGUCCUGACUGAGGACCUGAUAGAGGACAUCUGACGCUUCAGACAUCAUCAAAUAUUCACUUCAUUCGCCCAUCUGCUGAUGAAGAUUAUUCUAGAAUCAUCUGAUACAUGUAACAUUUUCAUGAUCUCAUACAAACAAGGAAAACUCACCAAUCUGUUAUAAAUUUAGACUAACAUUAAAAUCCUGUCAAAGUUGA